CUUCUUCUUCUUCUUCUUCUCUCUCUCUCUCUCUCUCUCUCAUUUUCUUACUCUCCUACUCUCUUUGUUUCCUUAGAUUAGGCUUGUCCUAUUUUUUCUUGAUUCAUCUUUGAAGAUCAGAUGAAUUGAAAGGAUGGGUUUUUUCAGUUUUUUUCUGAUUGUGAUUCAAAAUUAUUAAUUUUUUCUCUGGUUUCUUGUUGUAAUUUCAUGAACCAUUACAGACCUCAAUUGGGUUUUAUAAUUUUUUAUUUUAUUAUUAUUAUUUUUUUUUGCUUUGAAAGAAAAUAAGUAUGAUAUUCCUCUUUAUGGUAUUUUUGGAAAAUUCUGGUUGUAGAGAUAAGCUGAAUCAGAAGGACUACAUGAGUAGACUGUCACAUAGAAGGAGAAUUUUGUAACAGAUUCUCUCUUUAAAGAGCCAUGAAUAAGAGUCAGAUAGGUUCCAUCACCAGUUCUGAUCUUAUUGAUGCAAAGCUUGAAGAGCAUCAGAUGUGUGUAUCAAUGCAGUGCCCUCGUUGUGGACAUAAGCUUGAACGAAGACCGGACUGGUUGGGUCUUCCAGCAGGUGUGAAAUUUGAUCCAACAGACCAAGAACUGAUAGAGCACCUUGAAGCUAAGGUUGAAGAAGGCCUUUCUAAAUCUCACCCACUUAUUGAUGAGUUCAUCCCAACCAUCGAUGGAGAAGAUGGAAUUUGCUAUACCCAUCCAGAAAAGCUUCCACGAGUUACAAAAGAUGGCUUAAGCAAACAUUUCUUUCACAGACCCUCCAAGGCAUAUACAACCGGAACAAGAAAGAGAAGGAAAAUACAGACCGAAUGUGAUCUUCAAGGUGGCGAGACCCGGUGGCACAAGACCGGCAAGACGAGACCGGUGAUGGCGAACGGGAAACAGAAGGGGUGCAAGAAGAUUUUAGUCCUCUAUACCAACUUUGGCAAACAUAGGAAACCUGAGAAAACUAACUGGGUCAUGCACCAAUAUCAUUUGGGUCAGCUUGAAGAAGAGAAAGAAGGAGAGCUUGUUGUAUCAAAGAUAUUCUACCAGACACAACCUAGACAAUGUAAUUGGAUGGACCGGGGUGCAACCACUGGGGAAGGAAGCGCCGGCGAGCCUAAUAGAAAAGAUAGUGGCAGUGGGAGCUGUUCUUCUUCUAAAGAAGUUAGUUUACAAAGAGAUGAACUGUCGGGUGCUGGGACUGCAAUUUCAAGCUACACUGCCAUGGAUAUCCAACAGAUGAAAUCUGAUCACCAUUUUAGCUUUGCUCCCUUCAGAAAAAGUUUCGACCAGCAGGUGGGGAUGGGAGAAGCUUUAAAAGCAAGAGAAGCAUCCACAUCUCAGAGGUGUGAAGAGCAUGAAGAACCUGAGCACCAGAGGCCACAUAAUCAUGUGACCCAUGAACAACAGCAGCAGCAACAACAUCAUCCUCAUCACCAACAUCACCAUCAUCAUCAAAUGGCAACGGCGGCCUUUCACAUUAGCAGGCCUACCCAUCCUCUCUCUACAAUCAUUGCUUCUCCUCCCCUCCAUCACUCCUCCAUUGUUCUUGAUGAAGACCCCUAUAGAAUUAUUCUCCAAAGUGAAAAGUUUCAGCAGCAGCAGCAGCAGCAGCAGCAACAACAACAACAACAACAACAACAACAACAACAACAACAGCAGCAGCAGCAGCUUCAACAACAACAUCAAAAACUUGGAGGAAGGUCUACUUCUGGUUUGGAGGAACUGUUGAUAGGUUGCACUUCAACUGACAUAAAAGGGGAGUCAUCCAUCCCAAACCCACAAGAGGCAGAAUGGCUAAAAUAUUCCUUCUGGCCUGACCCUGACAACCCGGAUCAACAUGGGUAGAAGCAAGAAAUAAACAAGAAAAAACCUAAUAGACAACAGCAUGAUUGUUAUCAUCAGUGCUUCAACCCCUUCAGUCAUUCCUUUUUAAGAAGAAGAAGCCAAGAACACUUCAAGGAUUUACUCUCUUCAUUUCUUUUCAAGGGGUUUGGAUAAGUUCUGCUGGCUGGUUUAUACUAACUGUACAAUAAACCAUGUUGGAAAGAAGUAAAGAAAGAAGAAAGGGAACCUCCUCAAAGAAAGAAAGGCAAAAAAGGAAGGCUGCUCUUGAUAACAAUAGAAGGAGAACCCAAGUCCUAAAGAACAAAUCAUGCAUGAAAAUCAUCACCAUCAUGAUUACUAGAAGAUCUUUAAACUAUUCUUAAUUAUUAUUAUUAUUUCAAUCUUUUAUAUAAUUCUUCUCUUGUAUCCAAACACAACAACUGAAGGGUUUAUGCAAAGCUUGCUAGUUGUUUGUGAUUUUCACUUACCAAAUGAUACAUAAUUACAUAUAAUAGAAGGUUAAAUGUCUAUGGGAAUUAUGAAAAAUACGAAUUGGGUUUGUUUUA